AUGAUUUUCCCCGGAUUGUUCCUAGGACAGGCUCUCAUCUUCACUACCAUGGAGAGUUAUUCUUGCGAUGCUUGCUCUGGGAGCCUGUCCCCAGAUAUCCACCUAAGCUGGCCCUCAAGGACAGGGUGUCAAAACUCAUUCUGUGCAUAUGACGAUGGUUACAGUUCUAUAGUGUGCGAGUGCCGCCCCAAUUUAAAUCUGCCAUUAUUUAAUUUUGCAUUACAUGAAUAUUCCCUAGAAGUUCUCCUAGGAAUUAAUUGUAUGAUUCCAGGUGUUAAAGAUCUAAAUUUCGAAACAAUAUUGGAUUGGACAGAUCCUCCAGCCUGUUUUACAGGCAAGUUUAAAGAGAUCCACAGCCAAUUUGCCGUCUCUCUGGCCUCCCCACGACCCCCUCCUCCUUGCUCCUCUUUCUUUCUCUCCACCCCUAGAGAGAAGCCCCCUGCCCCAUCCCCGCUUGGGGAAGGAAGAUGGGGGUGCCCCGAAGCCCCUCUCCCAUUUGCCACCUUCUUCAGACGCCCCUCAUUCUUGGGGUUUGACACAGAGGGUCGGAGACGAAAACCCCCAGCCUCUCACCUGCUUGGGACUGGAGGUGAGGUGGUCACACCGAAAAAGGACGCCUCGGACACUCAGGAAAGCAAGGCAGAGGAAUGGGGAAUUCCCAGGGACUUGAAACACUCAGUUGCAACAUCGGGAGGAGAGGGGCAGCAUUAUUGCAAAAGCUCCAUGUUAAAGAAAACCUGCAUUAAUCACGCCUCCUGGAAGCAGACAAACCCCAGGCAGAAAAGAAGGUCCUCAGACAGACACCUGGCCCUGGGCUCCCAGAAUAACACAUGACCAUCAUGCAUUAGCCCAAUCAGAGGAAAUGUAACAUAGCUGGGCCAAGCGGAUCUGGAAUGGGACAAGAUGAUUGCCGUCUCCUGUUGAAAACUCUAGAGUGAGCCACCUUUUCCAUCUGAGCUGUUUGGCUUGGGAGUCUUUUUAAAAACUAUCAGGGACUAAAUUGCAUCUGAAGAGCUAUUUCCAUGAUAGAGGCAAGCAGUUUCUCAGCAACCAAAGUAUUU